AUGCCACCCAAUCUCCUCGCCCUCGAAGGACACUUCUUCUCCACCGCCGUCCCGCCCUCCCUCACAUCGCACUACGCCGAGCAGCUCCGAAUUAUUGUACAACAUGCCAUCGAUGAACGGUAUAAUUCGGAGGUCAACAGCUACUUGUAG